AUGUCUUUGCCUCCCGAGGAGAAGCAAAAGACAAAAGCUGGACACCUGCCCACUGUGAAAGCUGGUGGAAUGCGAAUCAUGCAGAAACACCCGCAUUCUGGAGACACCAAAGAAGAGAAAGACAAGGAUGAGGAGGAGUGGGAGACCAAGCCCAACCCGCCUAAACCCACCAUGUACAUCUCUGGUGUCAUCGCCCGGAGUGACAAGGACUUCCCCCUGGUGGCCGCCCAGGUGGCUCACCAGAAGCCCCACGCCUCUAUGGACAAGUACCUAUCCCAUAGAACCCAGCACAUCCAGCAGCCUCGCAAGUGA